AUGUUUACCUUUUGUAUCCAGCGGGUCAGUACACCACCUUCCCACCUUCCACUUGCCCCAAGACUAACUGUAACCCCUUUACCUCUCCCCAACCGACGCUCCGCUCGUCGAUUCUGGACGUUUCGCAACCGGCUCAACGUCGCUCAACGUCGCUCAACCUGAUCUUCGCUCCAACUCUGGACGCUGAACGUGGAACCUGGAACGGCGACGGUCGAAAUAGGAUACGAUCCGCGUCGAACCGCGUGAUUUCGGAAAGGACCCGGUGGUCGCGAUCAGGGAGGAGAUACAACGGCGGUAUGCCAACAAGGUAACGAACGAUCACAGUUCAGCAAUCGGGAGAUCAGCAAUCGGGAGAUCUCGUGUCGCGCUCGAUCAAGAGGGGGAGGCCGAGUAGUUGAGGAUCGUGUGAUACGGUGCUGAGGUGUGGUUAUGUUUGUUGUGGCUUGGUGAAUAGGUCCUCCCAGAAGUGGGGCUCGUGAUCUCGUUGCUCGACAUUCUGGAGGCGACAGAGGGCGCGGUUCUCUACGGCGAUGGGUGCUACUACUACCGAAGUGGGUCCAUUCCGAACCACCAUAGACCUGUUAAAGUUUUCAAAAUCUGACACUCCAUUCCCUCCAGCCGAAUUCCGCUUGAUCGUCUUCCGCCCCUUCGUCGGCGAAGCGUUUCUCGCCCGCGUCUCGUCCCAAUCCGAAGAAGGUAUCAAAGGUACGACACCUUGGGAAGCAGACUGUCAUAAUGAACUACAGCUCUUCGAGGCCAGACUUAUGAACCUGUCUCUCUCUUGUCGGGGUUCUACAGUUACGGUCGGGUUUUUUGAUGAUAUCUUGAUACCCCCGCAUUUCCUGCCGCUCGAUUCAGCAUUGUACGUACUUCUACCUCCCAUCGCUUUCCGAAAACACCCCCACCCACCCUGACCCUCUCUUUCUCUCUCAGUGACCCCUCCCGCCGCGCCUACUUCUUCGUCCCCGCUCCGGAAGACGAAACCGGCCAACCGCCACCGAACCGAAUCGUCCCCACCUCCGAAGAUCUACGUUCGAUGCCCUCGGACGAUAAACUCUACAUCGAACGCAAGGACUGGCUCCGAAUCAGAUGCGAGCAAGAAUCAUGGCACGACGUUAGUCCUACGAAUGGGAAGAGUAGUGCUUCGGCUCCGCCGACGAAUACGGGGGUGGGAGUAGGGCCCGGACCGGGUCAGGGGGGGGCGGGGGCAGGGGGCGCGGAUCCGAACGCUUCGGGUACGCAGGCGGUCGAGAGGGGGAGAUCACCUUAUUCGUUGAUUGUGAGUGGGUAGUCGCGGUUCCUGGACCACGAGAUAGCAGACCGCUGAUCGCUCUAGUCCCCGCACAGUGCUCUAUUCGCGAACAAGGUCUAGGCAUCUUGGAAUGGUGGGAUCAGGAUGACGACGAAGAAGAGGGCGAGGAUCAGGCCAUGGCUUGA